AUGGUUUCAAAUGAUGAGGCUGGACUAAAGGCCAGCCAGGUGCUAGAGCAUGAACUCAUGGAAAUUGGUGCUUGUGUUGCCUUUUUGGAAUUUCUUCCUUACCAAACAGCAUCAAGUUAUAAUCAUAAAAAAGAAAUGAUCAAAAAUUUGGAAACCUCCUCUGCCAAUGUUGUUAUUGUCUAUGGUGAUCAAGACUAUGUUCUCACUUUACAGAUAGCACUGUUCAUGUUUCCAAUCCAAAAAUCCAAAGUAUGGAUUAUUUCUACUCAAUGGGAUGUUUCAGCUGGAUUUCACUAUGAUUUUCUUAAUUUUAAUCAAUUUAAUGGUAGUUUGGCCUUAACACUUCAUCAAAAAGAAAUUCCAGGUUUGGAAGAUACCCUGUCUGGAGUAAACCCUGACAUUUACCCAAAUGAUAUAUUUAUUCAUUUUAUAUGGUGGGAACUCUUCAAUUGUCUGUGGACAACAAAUCAUCAUGAAAAUAGGUGUAAAGAUAAUGAGACAAUAAAGGAUUUGCCAGAUCAUAGUAUUUUAACUGACAUUUCUGCUAAUAGCUACAAUAUUUACAUUGCAGUGUAUGCGUUGGCCUAUGCCUUGCAUAAUAUGUAUCAUAAUAAAACCCAGACAAGCAAAGACACAAGAGACAUUAAACAUUGGGAGCUCCAUAGGUAUUUGAAGAAGGUAUAUUUUACAAACACUGCUGGUGAAGAAGUGUCAUUCGAUGAAAAUGGAGAUAUGUAUUCUGGGUUUGAUAUUUUGAAUUGGUUUGUUUCGCCUGUCAAUGAUACUCUUCUGGCAAUAAAGGUUGGGCACUUUAAUCAACGGGAUUUAUACAAAGAGCUAUUUAUCAAUGAUAGUAUAAUACAGUGGAGCAACUUUUUUAAUCAGACCCCACAUUCUAGUUGCAGUAAAAGAUGUUUACCUGGGUACAGAAAGUCACCAAGAAAAGGUGCAAAAUCCUGCUGCUAUGAUUGCAUUGCAUGCCCGGAGGGUGAGAUAUCAAAUCAAACAGAUAUGGAUUCAUGUACCAAAUGUCCAGAAAGUCAGUGGCCUAACACAAACAGAGACAAGUGCAUUUAUAAAGUCAUAACUUAUCUGUCUUAUGAAGAACCACUUGGAAUGCUCCUAGCAUCAAUGUCUGUUCUGUUUGCUCUUUUUACUUGUUUAAUAACUAUAAUUUUUACUAAAUACAGAACCACACCAAUUGUGAAAGCCAAUAACCGAGAUCUUAGUUACAUACUGCUCUUCUCUCUGAAAAUGUGCUUCCUCUGUAAUUUAAUAUUUAUUGGUCAUCCACUUCACAUUACCUGUAUUCUAAGACAAACAGUCUUUGGAGUUACCUUUUCUAUCUCUGUCUCUGCCAUCCUAGCUAAAACUUUGACUGUUGUCAUUGCAUUUAAUGCCACCAAACCUGGGAGCAAAUUAAAGAAGUGGGUGGGAGCCACUGUAUCUAACUCAGUAGUGAUUGUCAGCUCUAUGAUUCAAGUUGUAAUUUGUGCUUGUUGGUUGGGAAUUAAACCACCAUUUCUAUACUAUAACAUGAACGAUGAGAUAGGAAAGAUAGUAGCUCAAUGUGAUGAAGGUUCUAUCAUUGGAUUUUACUGCAUUCUGGGAUAUAUGGGAUUUUUGGCAUUUGCAAGUUUCACAAUUGCUUUCUUUGCUAGGAAGUUACCUGACAUUUUCAAUGAAGCUACAUUUAUCUCAUUCAGCAUGUUGGUGUUUUGUAGUGUCUGGAUAUCAUUUAUUCCAGCAUACCUGAGCACCAAAGGGAAAUAUGUUGUAGCAGUAGAAAUAUUUUCUAUACUGGCUUCUAGUACUGGAAUUCUGGGUUGCAUAUUUGUGCCCAAGUUAUAUAUAAUUCUUAUCAGACCUGAAAGAAACACUAAAUUCAUCAUAACAAGAAAGUGA